UUGGUCUGUUCAAUUGAAUUGACUCGUAAAUAUCAUUCCCAGAAAUGUGUUUUGUAGUUAGAAAAUAUAUUUUUAGCGUUUGAUAAAAGCAAAAGUAAUAAACGCAAAAGCAAUUCAAAGUCAUAAAUUUCUUUAUUUAGCCUAAAUUUGCGUCAGUCCUAAAAAUGACGCCGAAUGCAGAUCAAAGUUAUGACAAUAGGAAAAAGUCGGUCAAUUACAACGUGGAUUUUAAGCAGAAGCUGUCGAAGGCUUUCACGGAUUUAUCGUUCGAACGAAAAAUUUACCUCGUUUUAUUGCUUACCACCGCCGUGGCAUCUGUGGCAAACAUUUUUUUCGAAUCAGUCGAAAUAGAAGCUAAAUCGAGGAAUGGAAAAUUGAACCGAGUCCUGGGACCCGGCUGGCGAACAUUGAGUCGUAAGCAAGAUAUUGCUGAUUUUGAAUGGACUUUUUGGUUUUCUGAUCUUCGUGAAAGUAUUAUUGCAGCCUUGGUUGGACACGUCAUCAUCAGCUACUUUGCAUCACGAUAUCUGAAGCCAGUUCGACAUACAUUACAAGCGUUGUAUUGCAUUUAUUGGGUGAGAGCCGCUCUCGGACCAACAUUCAUUCUAAUCGUCGUUUCAUACUGCGCAACUUUCUACGUCGUUUCAGCACUUUCUAAAUCCCGAUCAAUGUGUUGGAUAUUGACUAUUACAAGCAUUCUACUUCUUCAUUUUGAUAGUUUUUACAUGGAAGUUCUUCCAUCAACAAUCGAAGUCGAUGGCACAUUUUUAUCUCUUGCAUACGUGUCUUUGGGAUUCGUUACACUCAGAUGCUGCAGUUAUGCAUUUGAAAGCAUUGAUGAUCGAAGUUCGAAAAAAGGUCAACAGUACGGAUUCCACAGGCUUCUACAAUACAACUUCUAUUUACCAUACUUCUUUUUCGGUCCUGUCAUGACAUACGAUGUCUAUAUAGAUGAGACAAUGCCAACACAUUCAAAAGACAACUUGCUCAAUAUUUUCAAAGAAGUUGCAAAAACCAUGGCUGGGAUCGCCGUUAUUGAUUUUCUUCUACAUUUUGUUCACGUAUCGUCAGUUGCGUUGGAUUUGGAGUAUAUGCAAACUGGACCGGUCUAUGUAGUAGGUUUUCUACUAUUUGCAAACGUCAUGCUAGACUGGAUGAAAGCUUGGGUAUUAUACGGAGUGACAUCUAAUGUUUCCAACGUUGUUGAUGGAUACAAAAGAGCACCUCAAGGCCCGAAAUGUCUAGCAACAAUUUGUACAUUUGCUGAUACAUAUUUUGACAGAGGAAUACAGCAUUGGGUAUGUAGAUAUAUUUACGAUCCAGUUGGAGAACACCACUCAAAUGUAACAAAAGAAACUAUAGCUUCAGUUCUCACUUUUAUAUUCGUGACUUUGUGGCAAGGACCUGGCAUACAGGUUAUUAUUUGGGCCACAUUAAACUGUCUUGGCUUGACUUUUGAAUUUUUCCUUGGAACUAUUACACCACAAGAAGACAAAUCAAAAAAGAGAUUGGUUGCAUUCAUUUUGGGAUUGAAUUACUGGUGCAUACUUCUUUUCAACACUGUAGGAAUUAGUGGAAUGGAGACGGCGAGAAUAAGCGCAAAAGCUAUGUUUUUCAACGGUAGCUUAUGGAAUUUUACAGUUGCUGUUGUCCUGGGUUAUUGCUACGCAGCUUUCAUCACAUUAUCUCCAACAUCUAAAGAUAAAACAGAGUAAAGAAAAUUUCACGACCGCGGAGGGAAUAUAAUAUUUCACAUGCUUAUAACUUGAAAGGCAUAAUAACUGGCACAACAUGUUUUAAGUUGACAACUUGUUCAUCUAUUCUAUUUUAAUGGUGCCUUCAAUAUAGUCUCAAAUAAGUUGAUAUCGGUUCUCAUUUUUAUUUUGUUGUUGUUAUCUUUUAGAGGAGAAAUUAACAGGCACAAGGCUCAAACAGAAUUGGUCGUAUAUAAAUGUUUGGAAUCGAUUUGCCAAAGAAACAGCGAAUAUUUUCUAUUUCUUUAUUUUAUGCUUACCUGAUAUAUAUAUAUAUAUAUAUGCAUAAAUGUUGUAUGUUAAAAUAUAUAUAUUUUAUCAUUGUGGAA